CCACCCCCACCCCGCCGUUCCUGGCUUGAAAGUCGACCGGGGCGCAGCCAAGAUGGCGGGCUACCUGUCACAUCGGCAGAAGGUGCUGCGGCUCUACAAGCGAGCCAUGCGGCACCUCGAGUCCUGGUGUAUCUACCGAACAACCUUUUGAGAUGUGUUGAGCUUGAGUAGCUGGUCCAAACUUUCCAAGCCAGCCUUGAAGAAGGAUAAGUAUAGAUACUACGCCUGCCUGAUGAGAGCAAGAUUUGAUGAGCACAAGGAUGAAAAAGACAUGGUUAAAGCAACCAAGCUGUUGAUGGCCGCCGAAGAAGAAUUUUGGGAAAGGCAACAUCCUCAGCCGUACAUCUUUCCCGACUCUCCAGGUGGCACAAGCUAUGAGAGAUACGAGUGCUAUAAGUCACCCGAAUGGAUCCUAGAAACGUGGCAUCCAUCUGAGAAAGCAAUGUACCCAGAUUACUUUGCUAAGAGAGAACAAUGGAAGAAACUGCGCCUGGAAAGUUGGGACAAGGAGGUCCAGCAGCUUCAGGAAGAAACCCCACCCGGUGGUCCUACUACUGAAGACUUACCUCCCGCUCGUAAAGAGGGACACCUGCCUCCUCUCUGGUGGCAGUACGUAACUAAGCCUCGCAGAUACCCGAUGUAAAAUGCUCCUUUCUGGAAGGUCUAUCUAAUCCCACGAAAUGUUUCUGUGAGUUUCCUGCAGCCGCUCUUCCUUGUAUUACUGUACUAGAAAACCCAAUAAAAGUCUGAUAUAAGCUGAACAGUGAA